GAGCAUCGAGGAGGAGAAACAACCAACAGCUUCCCUGGUUUCGCGUUCGUACUUCGUUCGUUCGUUCGUCGUGCGAGCGGGCGGGUGAAACAACCCGACCCACGGACCCAACCUAACGGGAAUGAUACAGUGUUGCGAGAGCGUCGAGUAGCCGCGAGGAAAGCACGCCGCGAUUCUUGCUUUUACCCUUUCGUAAGUUCCUCGGACAUUCGCGAAACUUUCGACGAUUGUACGAGAAAUGACAAAUCAUUUGUCGCCGAUUUCGGGUUCGACAAUUAUUGUUCAUUAAUUAUAAAUCAUCGAACCAACAAAACCGGAUGCGAGAUAGUAAUAUAAGUAUAAUGUGCCGGGAUUGACGAAUCUUUCUCCUCUCUCUUCACAUUUGCGAGCUGUAGUCUCCUCGUGUCAAGUUGUCUCUUGAAUAAAACGCGUGUCGUCAAGAUUGCAUAAAGCAGUGAUUUGACAAUGUCUAUACACGAAAAAAUCCGAUAAAUAAACAAACAAAAACUCGAUGCGUGUGCGAGAAGCGCCGAGAGAUUCGUAAAUUACAUCGAAGGGGACGAGAAUAUAAAAAUAAUAAAAUUGGAAAGACUAAUGACACAACGAGACGGAUAAUGAAGGCGGCUUCUUUGGAGAAUGGUUAUAUAUCGGUGGUGCACCAGUGACCCGACACAACGAAAUAGUGUACAGUGGUGCGUGGUCGUCGUCGUCGCGGUGGUCGUUGUAGUGGUUUUGCGCGUGUGUACGAGAGCGACUACCACACGCCGACCGACGACGGGCUCUGCGCGAACGAUCGUUCCAAGUGGCGAGGCUCUCGCUCGGCUGGCCUUUCAGUCGGUCCGUCGCUGCUGCUGCGCGCUCAGCACACACGACACCUCUUCCGUGUAUACCCUCGUACGUUUUUUAUUUUAUUUUCUUUCAACUCGACUUGCCUCCUUCGUCGAAGACGACGACACAACGACGACCACGGGGAGCUCUCUCUCUCGCGCUAUGUGAGAGCUGAAGGUUCACGGGGCACUCGGUGUACCCCUGGCCUGGCAAAUUCAAAGAGUGAGAGAGAACGAUCGAGGAGAGUCGGACAGGCAAAGACCAGAAAUCCCACACGAAUUCUCUCUUUUCUCUCCCGUAGACACGAAAAUACAAACCGUCUCGCGUCGAACAAGUAAUCCUACACAAAUUCUCUCGAUGUGAUAAAUACAUCGUAAUACAUAUAAACAGAGACACACGAUCAAAUAGAAAAAGGAGAUUCUCCCAACGUAUUCUGUGUGUAUGUGCUGUGUGCGUGUGCGUGUGCCUCGCGAGGUAAGCAGCGUUAGAAAUUAAGGAGAAAGACAAGAAAUUGAAGUUUAUUCGAUGGACUCGUUGGACGAUGAAGUAAGAAUAAAAAAAGUUGAAAGGGGUUCGAAGCUUUGCGAAGACGACGGAAAGAAUCGCUGCUAAACCGAGGGAUCCGAGAGAUCCCGAGGUAGCGAGUUACCUUUCCGCCUCUAUACAUCGUGAAUUCGGUGAAAUGGAGUGUCCGCAUCUAGCACAGAGCAUACGUAUCGGCAGCGACGACCUCGAGACAACUUGUACAAAGGAUCUGCCUUUCGUCUGUGCAGUAUGCGGAACGGAAAAGAGUACGUGGCUGUGUCUGCACUGCGGGGCUGUGCACUGCGGACGUUACGUCGCCGGUCAUGCACUCCAGCAUCACGAGAAAAAUACUCAGCACUGCGUCUGCAUAGACUGCGAAAAUUUGGCGGUUUAUUGUUACAGCUGCGACGAGUACGUGGUAAACGACACGUCGAGCGGUCACAUAGAGAAGAUUCGGCAGAGCGCGUUUCGGAAGAGCGAGCACAAGGAGAACGAGGAGGGUUGUUGGGGCUCGUCGAGUUCGCCGGGUCUGGAGAACGUCAACGGGGAAGAGGACGACCCGGAGGCGGCGUUGUGGAAAGCGGAGGUCGUUGUGCGUAAUCUUCGACCGAGAACGAGAAAGAGGCUACACUCGUUGGACGGUACGAGCGGGGACAAUCGUCCGGUUGCGAAGCGUCGCAGUUCCAAAUUAACCAAAGAGAAGAAAGUCGUCGGUCUGAGAAACCUCGGGAACACGUGUUUUAUGAACGUCGUUCUUCAAUCGUUCAACAAUAUUAGCCAUUUUUGCGAAUAUCUGACGCAAAUGCCGAGCCUCGAGGGCAUAGCGUUCGACGAGCCGCCGACGCACCGGGGUCGCAUCGUUGCCCCAGGACGAGCGAAAGAGCUCAGCGACGCUCUCCUCGCCGAGGAGCUCCGCAAGGUUCUUCUUGGUUUGAGUCUCGGUGGAUCGAACGGCCAGGCCAUUUCGCCCGAGUGCCUGUUCCUCGUGAUAUGGAAGGUGGUGCCACGUUUUAGGGGCUACCAGCAACAAGACGCUCACGAGUUCCUCACGUACAUGCUAGACAGGCUGCACACCGAGUUGCUCCAAUUAUUACCGAGACUCGGUCACGAGCCGCUCGGUCUUCGUGGAAAACAGAGUAUAGUCACAGCCGUCUUCGGUGGUACGCUCCUCAGUGUCGUCCACUGUAUGAACUGCCGAACGGACUCCAAGACCCACGAACCCUUUCAAGAUCUCUCGUUGGACAUUCCGGACAGGCUGCAAAGGCGAGCCAAGGAACAGGAGGAAGUUUGCAGUCUGACUUACAGCCUCUCGCGAUUCUUCAAGGUCGAGGAGCUCGCCGACAGCGAACUCUACUUUUGCGACAAUUGCGUGGGUAAGCAACGUUCCACCAAGAGGUUCUGGAUACACAGGCUGCCUAACGUGUUGUGCCUUCACAUUAAAAGAUUUCGGUGGUGCAAUUCGUAUCGCUCGAAAGUCGACACGCAAGUUGAUUUUCCCAUGGAAUCGCUGGACAUGUCGCCCUUCACCGUUCGAGGCACGUCCGGCGUCAAACUCGGUCCUCAAAACAGCCACCUCUAUGAUCUCGCAGCUGUCAUAGUUCACCACGGUUCGGGGGCUGGAACCGGACAUUAUACUGCCUUUGCCGUGCACGAUGGUCAGUGGUUUCAUUUCAACGAUAGUUCGGUACGACCGGCCAGUGCCGAUUCCGUUGCAAAGUGCAAGCCUUACAUUCUCUUUUACGUGCGGAAAGAAUUUUCGAUUCCCCCGCCGUUGUGACGCCGGGGGACCGGGGCUCAGCAUCCCGGGCAUCCCGGUGAAUGCGACGAGUCCGAGGAGGACAGCCGCAACGACGAGAACAAAGACCGCGAAUCGAUCGCUCCGAGCUCACCGAGAAAGCGAAGAAACAAUGGCUUGACCGUGAGGAAAAGCGAUACGAAAAGCAUCGCCGAGAACGAGACGAGCAGCCCGGAAAAGUCACAAACCCCCGAACACCGCCCUUCGAACAGCGAGAGAUCGACGCGUGCUCAUUUAUAAAUAAAUAUAUACGCGCGAACAAACGAAAUAGAAUUGGUUCAAUCGCGAAGGUUUCCGGAUAAAAGUGUGCGUGCGUGAAUGUAUGUUUAGCCUUUGGAAUGAACGUGCGAUCCGCGGCUUCUUCUCGCCCCCCCUCUUGUCCGUCCUUGUUGAGAGCGCAAACGCCAAGUCACGAGAGGCAUGAUUUUAUUUUCUACCAACGUCAUUUUGUCUCUAAUCGAUGAAUUUUUUCUCCAUCCGGAAGGAUUUUUCGUUUCUGUGCUCAACGGCGGAAGGAAAAAACGCGCGCGACUACUUUUUUCGCGUCCUUGUGCCAUGCUCUUUCUAAUAACCCGCGCACUCUCUCCCUUUCUCUUGCUCUCCUUCAUUCUCUCUCAAUCCGAGAACACUCAUCAUCUUUUUGUAUUUAUCUCCGUUACCCUGUCAUUUUCGCAAACGCCUCAUUUUCGCAGUCCCCGCUUUACAUUUUCUUCGAUUCACUUAUUUCGUCAAGAGGUGAGCAAAUUGUAUAUUUUUCUAGAUGUCGGGCGAUAUAGUAAUGUUACGGAGGAGGAAAAAGGGAAAAAGAGUUGCCAGCUGUUUGGACGACGAUGGUAAUUCAUUGUGAUAUAGGAAAACGAAGGCAUUAAGGUGUGCCACGAAAUAUGGUCAUAGGUCAUGUACAGAAAGGGAGGGUCUGAGAGAGAGCGAAAAAGGGAGAAGGGGGGGGGGGGGGCAGAAAAAGAGAAGAAAUCGAAUACGGCAUCGGCGAUAAAAGUAUAUUAUGUAUGUGUAUAGAAAUAUGAGUGUGUAUUUAUGGAGCAAAGACGCGGAGGCGAGUGCGCAUCGCGAAUUUCGAGGCUCUUCGGGUUGUCGAGACUUUUGUAUCGAAGUAUUAUUCAAGCAUUUUCUUUCCUAUUCUCGUUCGUUUCGUAUUUGAUUUUUUUCCUCGUCAAAUCCGUUUGAAAUUUGACGAAAGUAACGCGGAAUACUUUAGCUGAAAGCCGGAAGAGCUUGUCCCGGGCUAGCGCUCCCGUCGGUGAGAUCGAUCGACACUGCGAAACGUCCCAAUUGUGUUUGUGUUUUUGCACCCGUAAACCGAUCGUUCUUACCCGGGUUAUCGCUAGAUUUCGCGAGCGUCGAACUCGUCCUCCCACAAUCUGGACUCUCGUCUCCGUUCGGAAGAUGUUUCAAAGACGAACAAUCGAAACUCCGAACUCGUGACGACGGCCAGCGGCGAAACGCGCGCAGCUAAACUCUUCAUUUUCGUUUCGUUAAUAUAGAAAUCGUUUUUCCUUUUCUUUCUUCUCCGCGUUCGAUGGAUCUAAGCUCAUUUUUACAAGUUCUAUGCGACGCGAGAAUUCCCUCAGCUCGGAGAGUCGAGCGAGCGAUCUGUCAACGAACUUUCCGAGGAGACUUCUUUCGGUGGUACAAUAGAAACGAGAAAAACACCUUAACGGCGAAGGAACAUGACUCCCUGGCCGAGCCAAUACUCGACCUUCUCCCCAGAUACGUUCUACGACUCUUAUGUGAUUAUUUAAAGACUUAUUUUUUCUAUAAACGAUUAUAAAUGUAAUUAUAAGUUGAACAAGUAUCGAGGUGAAAAGAAGAAACAAGAUCUUCUAGCGAGUAUGAGUAAAACCUUUUAUUGAGACGAAUGAAUGUGACGUAAGACGAAAAACGAGCCAAUCGACGACAUAGCAAAGAUAUAACACGAAAGAAACUAUGAUGUAAUUCUUAAUAUCGAGAAAAAAAAACUCGACGCGAAAUAACAAAAAGGCUGAAACGAAUGGAAAUAUUAUAACGCAUAGGCGUGAACGAUGAUCGAGUUAUUACGACGACUAAGAAAAAAGUCGGAGAUGGCCCGGUAACGAGAAUUGUAAAAUGAACCGCUGAACGAAUAAACAAGAAAAUUAAAUGACGAACAGUUAUGCGCGGGGAUUGAAUAAAAGAAAAUACAAAUUCAA